AUGAAGCCCGAGUUUGUUGUCACAGAGCCCUACGAAGACCAGAAGCCAGGCACCAGUGGACUCAGAAAGCCGACGCGCCGCUUCUUGGAGAACAAAUAUUAUACAGAAAACUUCAUCCAGAGUAUCCUUUCUUCGAUCGGAGAUGAAGUCGUUGGCUCCGUUCUUGUGGUGGGAGGCGAUGGCCGCUACUUUCUCCGAGAAGCCGUCCAGAAAAUUAUCCAAAUUGCCGCUGGAAAUCGCGUCCGAAAGCUGAUUAUUGGCCAAGGCGGCAUUCUGAGUACACCAGCCCUAUCCGCAAUCGUUCGAUCGAAGAAAGCUCUUGGCGGCAUUUUGCUGACUGCUUCGCACAAUCCAGGUGGAAUCGACGCCGACUUCGGCAUCAAGUUCAAUUGCGCCAACGGAGGCCCCGCUCCUUCAGGUGUCACCGACAAAAUCUACGAAAUCUCGAAAUCCAUCGUCGAAUUCAAAUCUGUGAAUGAAGGACUCGAAGUGAACUUGGACGAGAUCGGCACGAAGACAUUCGAAGUGGAUGGAACUCCUUUCGAUGUGGAGGUAGUCGACUGUACAGAGGAGUACUUUUCGCUGAUGAAGGAGCUUUUCGAUUUCGAGGCGAUCAAGACAUUCCUCCAAGUCAGCCAGAAAGAGAUCAUCCUGGACUCGAUGAACGGAGUAACUGGCCCUUAUUGCACGCGUCUGCAGAAAGAACUCGCUCUCAGCCCAGAGUCCGUUUCGAACAAUAUUCCCAAGCCCGACUUCGGUGGGCUCCAUCCCGACCCUAAUCUCAAAUGGGCGCAGCACUUGAUUAUGUCGAUGCGCAACGGUGACCAGGACUUUGGGGCUGCCUUCGACGGCGACGGAGAUCGAAACAUGGUACUUGGUCGAAAUGCUUUCUUCGUUACUCCUUGCGAUAGCUUGGCCGUCAUUGCGGCCAACGCUUCUCACAUUCCUUACUUGAAGCAAGGGCUCUCUGGUGUAGCUAGAUCGAUGCCGACUUCAGGUGCUGUCGACCUCGUUGCCAAAAAAUUGGGUAUUCCUUGCUACGUCACUCCUACUGGAUGGAAAUUCUUUGGAAACCUCAUGGAUGCGGGCAAAAUCAGCAUUUGCGGCGAAGAAUCUUUUGGAACCGGAUCUGAUCACGUAAGAGAAAAAGACGGCGUCUGGGCUAUCCUCUGUUGGCUUUCAAUUCUGGCCGGGCGCAAACAAUCUGUGGAAGAGAUUCUUCGAGCCCACUGGGAAGAAUAUGGACGAAACUACUUCACGAGAUACGACUAUGAAGCUUGUGAAAGUGAGGGAGCAAACAAGAUGGUGGAUCAUUUGAACAAAUUGAUUGUUUCCCAGGAACUUGUCGGAAAAGAAUUCAGCGCGGCCGGCAAAACAUUUAAGCUCGUUGAAAACGACAAUUUUGAAUACACGGACCCAGUGGAUGGAUCAGUCUCAAAGAAACAGGGCAUCCGCUUUCACUUCGAAGAUGGUUCCCGACUCGUUUUCAGGCUCUCUGGCACGGGUUCCUCGGGUGCCACGAUCCGACUCUAUUGCGAUUCCUACGAGGGGCCAACUGGCAACAUCUCCGGCAACCCGCAAGAUGUGCUCAAGGCGAUCGUAGAAAUCGCGCUCAACAUUUCACAGCUCAAAGAGUUCACUGGCCGUGAGGAGCCAACCGUUAUCACAUAA